AGCUGUGCACUUCCACGUAAGAUUUCAUUCCAGAUCAUUCACAUACAGGACUAACUCAAUACAAGCUCUCAACCUACCUCAACCCCCUCUCCUCCAACUCACCCUCAACUAAAAAGCCAACAACCAAGGAACAGAACCAAUGCCACCUCUCACCUCAACAGUCCCCACCCCAAUCCACCCCUUUGAAUCCCCAACCACACUGCCCACCCCUCACUACCCUCCACUCUCCCUCCCGGAUGUGGAAAUGGAUGUGUUGACGCGUGUCGCGUACCUGGUCUUAGGGCUACGAGAUCUAUGGGCGUUGCGCGGAAUAAUAGGUGGUGCGGAAGAGCAGCGCAUCGUCCAAGAAGUAGAACAUGCGCUCGCUGAGGAAGUCGUAAGCACCCUACACGCGCUGGAGAUGUGGGGCCCACGAUCCGAUGGGGAUGUUAAGCUGGAGAAUAUCGGUCCGGAUCACAACGUUGAGGAUUUCGGGCGCGAGGUACUUCGCACUGGCAGCGAGAUGGACGACAACAUCGACACAGCUAAGCCCGACGAUCCCGAUCCCGACCCUUCGCAACGAUGCGGCGUGUGUCUAGACGCGUACACGUCGUCUCACCCCGCCUUCCUGAUCUCGGCCUGCAAUCACAUCAUCGGGAAACCCUGUCUGGACACAUGGCUCAACGGCACGGCCCAGAACGCGAAUCUGUGUCCUUUCUGCCGCAUGCAGAUGUGUGAGCGUCGGGCUCGCCGUCCAACCGGCCCGUCAACGAAUAUCUUCGCCGAGCAGAAUGCGCUUGUUAAUCGUCUCACUCGUGCUUUGCUGCUGCUGCAGGAUAUGGAUAUUCUGUUGACAGAGUUUUUCGCAGGGGGGUAUGCGGGCUCGUGGCUUGCGGAUACGAUGUGUGGGGUGAAUAUGCGGUUGUUUGAGAAUGGGGUUGGGUUUGCGUUUGUGCAGGAUGAGAUGGAGGAUCUUGGUUGGCGGUUGAGGAGGGUGGAUUGGGCGGCUUCGGACUAGUGGUCAGAUGAUAGUGGAUGGGGGUGUUGGGCGGGAGAUGGACAAUGUUCGACUGUGAUAAACCUUUCUGUGAGUUAACCUUGGUAGUUGGCGCCUAAAGCGUUUCCCAUAAACGUUCUGGUAGUCAUUCUUCGAGCAUGAAUAGGCAUUCUUCUUGCGAUCUCUGCAGCUCUCUUUAUCGCUCGUCU